AUGAAAGCAAGUCUUCAUGGAUUCAUAAAGUCUCCUCUUUUACGUUGCAUAGCAACCUUUGACAUCUUCUCAUCAUCAUAUGUAUAUAGAGUUUCAGAUAUGGAACUUGUGAGUGUGCUUCCGAGUGCAGAAGAUGAGGUCAAUGUGGCUUGCUUUCAUCCUCUUGCUGGAGUUGGUCUUGUUUAUGGAACCAAGGAAGGCAAACUUAGAAUCCUUCAGCAUGAUGGUGGUCAUGCACCUAUACCUGAUCACUUUUUUGAAGCAAGAGCAGUUGAGGUACAACAGCUCUUGUAUUUGUAA